ACGUGAAGCAAGAGCCAUGGCGCAAAAAGAAAUAUUCUUCUUGGCUCAUGGUAAAUUCAUGUCGUGUGCUUAUCCUCUCCCCUUUCAUAUGCACUUGUUUCCUCAUCGUGUUUUUUUUACUUCUCUCUUCUGUUUUCAGCAAACACACACACACACACCUCACUCUCUCUCUGUGUGUGCUGGAGAGGAAACCUUUUAAGAAUCAGUUAGCUAUUGAGAGCAGCUCUUCAAGUGUCUCCCAGCUUGCCUAGGUGUUCUCGCACUUGCUCUGGUCACCAGCUUAACGACUCACACGACUGAAGCAAAGAACCUCGGGAACAGGAACACGGAAAUAAUAAUGGAAAGAAAAGCUAUUCAUCCCCAUAAUAAGGGAGAAAGAAAGUAAAAAGCCUUCAAGAGCUUUUUCCUUCCACUAUUGCUUGGCCAGGGGCUAGGCUGACUAACAGUUGCUUUUGUUGCCACGGCUCGUCCUCUCAUCAUCAUAUCUGCCUGCCGUAUAUGCAACCCCCCAGGGCUGGGUUGGGGUUGAAGCUUCGGGAGUGCUAUGAUGAUUAGAGAAUCCGUUCAUCUGCACUGCUGGUGGUUCUCCAGCGGACCCGGAACCAACAAAAACACCCAGAGUUUUUGAACCAUUGGUUCAUCUGUAGGAUAUUGAAGAGACUUGUAAGAUCUAAGUUGUAAGAGAUAAGUUGCAUAAAGGAAGUCGUCCUCCCCUCUUCCCCCCUCCCCCAUUGUCCAAUCUUAUAUUCAGCCAGGUCACCUCCUGUUAUCGUUCCAUCAUACAGUCUGCCAUAAUAGGUUAUCUGGUCCGUCCUCUCGCCGCACACACGAAUCCAAGCACUGCUCAUGUUACGAGAACCUAUUAGGACAUACCAUACCACGGACCACGGGGAAGAAAUAAAUGAAGAAAUGAAGUUCCCCUUCCCCCUCGCCCUCAGCGCACUUGCCGCACUCGCGCCCCUUGCAUGGGCCACCCCCGCAAUUGCCGCGCACUCAAAAGGGUUAGAACAACCACCCUACCGCACGGGACUCUCCGAUCUGGACCCGCAGGUGCAAUUCUGCGCGAGCUAUUUCCUCUGCAAGACUGAUGAAGAGUGUUCGAAGCUGGAAGAUUGCAGGGUAAAAGCCCAUUAUGACCCGACCAGAAUCUUUUGUGGGUACCUUUUCUAUUACUAUCAAUGUGUUGUACGCGGAUCUCCAGAUCCUUAUGCCAGCACGAGGUUUGAUAAGGCAGCUGCUGGGCUGUCUGCUCCUACUUCUACUGCUGUUGCUGCUGCUUCUGCUCAUAAUUUUGCUCCUACUGCUGCUUCUCAAAUGUGAAUAAUGAUGAUGGUGAUGGUGAUGAUGAUGAUUUGAAUCUGUUUGAUGUUUCUUCUUUUUCUCUAUAUCCUUGAAGACAUCAACUGUGUAUGGCACUUGUUUUAGCUCUUGCUAUUUUUGUUAGAAGUUUUCAUAUUAUCACAAAGUUUCAAUCUGUCUACUCGGGGCCUCUCAAUGUGUUUUGAGUUGAUGCAGGCAUACCUAAAUUGGCUCACUAUUCACAUUUGGCCCCCAUGCCUGAGAAAGAAAGUGCUUGCUCUGCUUGGUUUGCAGGAAUAUGAUUAUAUAUCCGCUUGAGAUGGUAUAAUAUAGAUAGAUCUCUUUGAGACAUCUUGAGGAGCUACAAGGUAGGCAGGCAGGCAGACAAAAAAAAAGCGAGUAAAUCUUUCAAUCUUCAACCCCCUUUUACAGGCAGAGGUCUCAGAGAGAAUUGGCAGACAGAGGGCAGAGUGGCAGAGAUCUCUAACUAUUUUCAUAAACUAUGUAUGAGUGUUUCGUCACCGAGACAAGAGAACUUUAACCUCGCUCAUAAUUAGCGCCAUCAUCAUCAUCGUCAUCAUCAUCACCUUCAUCUCUCAGCACAGAUACGCUACAGCGUAGUAUGGGCUAAAAGUGUAAUAGCAGACAGAACAUUGGAAGCAAACCUUGGGAGUUAGGUUACGGUGGGGUGGGGGUGGAGGGAGAGGAGCUAAGCACCGAAUUCAGCCGCUCACCUGCCGCUUGGGGUCCGCCGCCCAACAACGUUUGACAGGCGGAAAUAUUUUUCUAGCUCUGUCUUGUCACACCUGGGAGAGAAACAAUGGAAAUUCAUUAGAGCUCCGAAGGAAGAAGGGGGGAAUAUAUUGGGUGCUAAAUAUAUAGCCAACACACACAGGUAUGGUUAUAAUAGUUGAGAUGAGUAUAUAUAGACAGUAAUCUGCGACAUUGCAGAGUAUAUAAAAAAACAAAGAAAAAGAGAGAAAUUGAUCUAUGUUGAGAUGCAGGUGAGUGUUCAAAAAUACAAUACAAAGCUGUGAAGAACUGCUUUUUUUAGUUAAAAUCUGUUUAUUAAUUAGUGUCUGAGAUUGAUCAGAAUUUCAUAUAUAGAGAGUG